AUUCGGACCGAUUGUUUUGCGGGUUGCCAGUCACACUUCUGCACUUGUCUGCUUGCGGGCUGAGUUAUUUCUUCAAACUGUUGAAACGUCCAUGUCAAAUGUCAGUAUCAAUGUGUGACAGUUUAGUCGAAGAUAAAACAUUAUCUGAGAGUGGCGAAGUUGACCAUUGCAAAGUUCUGUCGGAAGACAUUGGUGGCCUGGUGUUGAAUCAAGAUUAUAGUGAUGUCACUUUCGUCGUCGGCGGGAAAUGUUUUUCCGCACAUCGAGUGAUUCUUGCUGCAAGAUGCAAAUAUUUCAGAGCUCUUCUUUUUGGUGGUAUGAGAGAAGCACAGCCUGAGGCUAGAAUACCGGUUGAUGACACGACUCCUGAAGCAUUUGGUUUACUUUUACAGUACAUUUACACAGCGAAACUACAACUUGCCGAAUUAACGGAAGAAUGUAUGCUUGAGGUUCUAGCACUUUCAAAUAAAUAUGGUUUUUCGGCAUUGGAAAAAUCAAUUUCCAACUUCUUACUGAAAACAAUCAGCAUUGGCAAUGCAUGUGAAAUUUAUGAAGUUGCAACUCUCUACUCUCUCGAUGAUUUGAAAGAAGCAGCAGCAGAGUUUAUUGACAGAAAUGCUGUCGAUAUUCUGAACAAUGAUGCCUUUUUGACACUUUCAUUGGAAGCUGUUACCAGCAUAAUCAAGAGAGAUUCGUUUUGUGCAUCAGAGCGUGCAAUCUUCAAAGCUGUCGAAGCAUGGUGGGAACAAAAUGAUUUGCCAUCGGAAACAGAAAUUGAAAAAACAAAAAAAGAGACUUUAAGAAAAGAAUUGCUUGGUGGUGUAAGACUAUCUCUAAUGUCGAUACAAGAACUUCUGCACACAGUGAGACCGUCAGGAUUGAUAUGUCCCAACACAAUACUUGACGCUAUUGAACGGCAAUCAGAGCAAAACAACGUUGAUCUCAAUUACAGAGGAGUUCUAUGUCCAGAAGAGAACAUCGCUACAAUGCAGCACGGCGCUCAAGUAAUUAAAGGGGAAAUGUGUGCAGCUUUGCUUGAUGGUGACUCGACCAAUUACGAUAUGGAGAGAGGAUUUAGUCGUCAUUCGAUUGACGAUGCUGUUGCUGGGAGUAAACAAGAAGCUGGUAUUGUAGUCAAACUAGGAAGACCAUGCAUUAUCAACCAUAUUCGUAUGUUAUUGUGGGACAAGGACAUGAGGUCAUAUUCUUACUACAUUGAAGUGUCAAUGAACGAUGUUGAUUGGGUUAGAGUUGUGGACUAUUCAACAUAUCAUUGUAGAUCAUGGCAAUCGCUUUAUUUUAGAAGAAGAGUGGUCAGAUACAUUCGUAUUGUUGGAACUCACAACACCGCUAAUAAAGUGUUUCAUGUUGUAUCAUUGGAAGCAAUGUUUACAAGAAGCACCGAGAUAAUGGAAGAUGGAAUUAUUGUUCCUCAAUCAAACGUCGCCACUGCUUCAAAAUGUGCAACGGUGAUAGAGGGUGUCAGCAGAGAUAGAAAUGCUUUGUUGAAUGGUGAGGUUGUUAAUUAUGACUGGGAUUCUGGUUAUACUUGCCACCAACUUGGUAACGGAGGAAUUGUGAUCCAACUCUCUCAACCUUAUCAAAUAUCUACAAUGAGAAUGUUGCUGUGGGAUAUAGAUGACAGAUGUUAUGGAUAUUAUGUUGAUAUUUCCACAAAUCAAAAGAAAUGGAAAAGAAUUAUUGAUAACACUAAAAAAGAGUGCAGAUCGUGGCAAAGCUUGGUGAUUCCUCGUCAGCCAGUGGUUUUUAUUCGUAUCAUUGGAACAAACAAUACUGCAAAUGAAGUAUUUCAUUGUGUUCAUUUUGAAUGUCCCGACACAACGAUAUCCGUUUCUUUGCCUGAUGCUAAUGAGAACAAAGUGGAUGGUGCAGAAGAUGGAGAUAUUAGUGCAUUUGCAGAUUUAGCAAUCCUACAAAAUUCUGGAGAAGAUUUUGAAUUUGCUGAUGCUGAAACAAAAUCACCAAAUCAAAUCGAGAUACCUGAUGAUUAUAAUAGAACACAGAGAUUUCAGAACAACAACCCAUCAGGUGAAGGAAGAAGAACAAUGCGACAUUCCCGUGGUUCCUUAUUUAAUCAGAAUUCACAAUCUAAAACAUAAUCAGAACUCGUAUUAUCCAUGACAAUCAACAUACCUGUUACCAUUAUUAGAUAUAUUUGUAUAUAUUGUACAUAAUAUAUCAACUUUAUAUUCUCUUUGUUGAAUCAGAUGUAACGUAUUGAGUGUUGAACUACUUGUUUUAAAUACAUCUUCUAUCACAUUGUAAUUGUUUAUCACAUGGUGACACGUUUGAUAUGAGUUUCUUCCAAUUCACAGUGUGUUGUUCCACUGAUUGUCCAUAAAAAAUUAGAUGCAUUUAGUUUUCUACUGCCCUUUUCCCUCGUUCGAUUGAUAAAAUAAAAAUGAGCUGUAUAAUAUGCUCUACUUAAAAAGUAAUAACAAUAUUUGUUGCCUCUAAAAAUUGUAAAUUUUGCCUUUAACUCGCAAUUGAGAAAAUGGUUUAGUCUUUUUGCUGUUUGAGCGAAUAUCUUCUCAAAUGUUAUUUUUAAGUAAGUAAAGAACUAGUUUGAUGACUGUUAUGUUAACUGAGUCCUGAGACGAAAUCAUAACCCCAUUAGUUUUAAAACCCAUUAUUUAGUGUUGCCAUUAUUAUAGUUUAAAUUCCUUAUAUCCAUGCAUCGCAUUUGUAAUGCAAUUACACUAACCUAAAGUAUUAGUUGAUGAGCUUAUUUUGAAUCAAUAAACUUUGAAAUUGG